CAAACGGCAAAUGGGGGCGAUGGUACUGAAGUGGAUCUGUUUCUUGUAUGCGACACCACUGCCUCUACCGGUAUGGGUCGGUACAUUUCGUCCUUGGCGGCCACGAUUCGCCAAGUCUUUGCAGUCAUCAAGCUGCUCUUUCGAGGUUGUGUGAAAUUGCAUGUGGUGUCGUACAAGGACCAUUGCGACGGCAAACUCGUGGUCACGCAUUGCAGUCAACGAACACACUCAAACAAGCAAAUUCUCGACUUUUUCGCGGCCUUGGUGCCCCACGGCGGGGGCGACAUCCCCGAGGCCAUCAAGACAGCGCUCAACUUUGUGCACUCUACAGUCCACCACAUUCGGCAAGCGUCUGUCAUGCCAACCGACGCAUUGGUCCUUCUCUUCACAGACGCGCCCCCGCACCACAUCCACACAUUAUCUCGCUAUUGGCGACAAGAAAUGGAUGCCAUCGAAGCCAACCCACAGUACACGGCUGGCUACGACUGGCUCGCCAUCCGCCGCGCCUUCCAAGCGGCCAACAUCCACGUCCACACGUUCCACUCGAAUCUACCCGAAGUUCACGACAUGGCACAGUCAGUGCUGUUUUACUCGGCGAUGGGGCCGGUCGUGCUCGUGGAAAACGAAUCCACGACCGAAAUCACCAAGGCCACGAUGAGGCUGCUGCUGCAGUUGAUGGGGCACAAGUUCGAGUUUGCCAGCCAGUUUACCUGCGUCACAGUGGACGACGCCAAGUUUGACGUGGGCACCGAGAACGACGUCGUUCCCAGCAUGGACACCCGUCUAGCCUUCUCAAAGCACCUGUUUCAGUUUACCCCGUUGCCGUGUAUGCUCGAAGAUUUGAGCCAACUCCCGGUGCUGUUCGAGUCCAACGACACGUACCAGAACAUGGUGUACACGAUCUUUGGGGCGUUCUUCACGCCGACCAACGUACUAGCUUUAACUUACAACCCUAUCUUGGCCAAACUGUGACGCGUGAUUUGCAGGCGGCGGUUGGAUCCUCGAUAUCUCUUGUUGAGCAUCAAGCUGUCGACGUGUGUGUCUGCGUUGACUGGCCUGGACAAGGCUCAGAUCCAGCACUGGAUCGAAGCCUCGCACAACCACAGCCACGAGAUUCGCGACGCGAUUCUCGUCGUAUCAAACACCUCUACUACGGGUCGCCCGUGUGUGGUGUUGGAACGCAGUGGGCUUGUCGACGCGAUUGACGCCUCUGACUUGCUCUAGUUGGCCCGGGCGCCAAGCCCCGGAGCGAUUCGGACCGUUCAAUGCAUCCUCACGCAUUUGCAGUUUCUGGACGAUGUCCCCGUUGAAGGCGAGGUCGACGGCGUGCCACAGUACCUUCCGCUGGACCUCCCCGACACGCAGCUGUUUUCGUUCCUGUGCCACUUGGUCGUGCCUGGCACGUCGUUUUCCCUUCGCGGAAGUGCGGUCGUGGCCAUGCUUUGCGUGUCGUCCAACCAUUCCAUCUUGAGCGAUCGAGCGACGUCCUUCCUCGAGCGCAUUCGCGGCACGUGGCUGCCCCUGGAACUCGCCACGGACUUUGCUGAGAUUCUGGCGCUGGAAUAUAUCAAGCUGUUGCAUCGUAACCGACACGUUAUGACUGCAAAUGAACGCACCGUGUACGACAGGUUGUACACGAUGCAUCGCAUGCGGCUAGCGUCGACGAAGGCCAUACCCGUGAUUGUGGGCGAGAUCCCCAACAAGGCGAAACUACGUCCAGACGUGAAAGCCAAGUGCCGUAGCUGCAACUACGACACGAGCGUGAGUCUCAUGGUGACCCACGACACGUGCGCCAUCUGCGUCGAGUACGGCGCAGCAGAAGCCCGGUCUAUCGAACGUAAGCAUGUCACGCCUCCGACUCAGUCCUACGUUGUCGAGUGCAGUGCAUGCCAAUGCCUGUACGCGGUGGUACAGCCGCAUCUGCUCAACAUCGCCCCCAAGUGCUUCUACUGUCGACUAUGGGUCAAGCCCCGCCCCGUCGCCCCCACCGUCGAGUGUGUGCAGUGCCUCAACCAGUACCUCGAUCCGGCGCAACUGCUCCAGCGCACUUCCAUCUCGACGACGGAAGGCAGGGAGGGUUGGUGGACGUGCGUCGCGGUGGCCCCCCGUGCAGCGACCAUCGCCACAGAGGUGCCGUUUCAAACACUAGUGACAACCAACAUCGCGGUCGCUCGUGUGUUUGGGUGGACGAAAACCAAGCGAAGCCACGACUUUGUCGACGUUGUGUUCAAUCUCCCCCACGCCAAUUACUUCAAAAUGUACACGCAGCACCACUCCCUCCUCUUUGGCACGAAAGUGGGACCCCAAGCCCAUGAACGCCAAGCCAUGCAGCACCUACCUCUCGAACUCCGCGUUGGGGGGAAACGUGUUCAUGCUGUCGAUGUGUUGUGCGACAAGAUGGUGGCUGACACCCUCGAGGGAUCGCUCACGGAUGUGUGCAACCUUUGCUUUGAAGAGUACUCGCUUCCCCAGCUCGAGACUGCCUGCGGGCGAUGCCCCACUCGAGUAUGCCGCAGCUGCGCGGACCACUGGAAUGGACAAACCAAACGGGGGCGGGUGGUGCUCACAACUCAUUUAACGUGUCCGUUCUGUCGCCAAUGGCCCACGGCCAACGUAUGGCAGCGCUACAACAAGCCCGUGGGGCAACUGCUAAGCAAAGGUCUGCUGCCCCCCAUGCAGCCUCAAACGUACUACGGGUGGUGCGGCACGUGUGAAAAAGUGAAGGAAAUGAUGGCCAAAAGUUGUGCGCAAGACGCCCCCCGCGUGGCCAGAUUUGAAUGCGGCGACUGCUUUGCACUGAAUGUCAAGUUCCCCGUCUGCCCCACCUGCACCGUUCAAACCGAGAAGACCGUCGAAUGCGACCACAUCACGUGCAUCUGCGGCCAGCACUGGUGCUAUGCGUGUGGCAGCGGGUUCAUCUCGGGCGAAGCCACGAUCCAUCACAUUAUUUUCCGAUGACCACUGUCGCCGUCUACCUCCCUUGGGCGCACGCGGAGAACUUCAUCAGAUAUGUCCACGCCGAUUUCCUAUCCAUCCUUGGAAUUGGCAAAGCGGGGCUGACCUGCGAGUCGGGCAUGCACCUCAUCGCCUUAUUCGAUGGCACGUCGAAAGCAGCGGGGGGGUCGAGGGGAGGUCUGCUCCUACGACUGUGUCUAGCUUUGCAUUGCAACAAGUCGACAAAUGACACUUCUGUUUGGUUCCAACACAAAAGUGUGUGCGAAGAUGAUCAUAUCAUGGACGUUCCUUGAAAGUCAAAACAAUCAGUCCAAUGACGAAGCGUCCGUACAGUUGAGUCGAACUGCAACUAGUAAAAUCCCGAUCGAAAAGAUGCGCCGUGGAUGCAUAUGAAGUCAACCACAUAACAUUAGCAUAAACGACUAAACUACCCGGACAAACGACUCCAGCACCGGCAAGAUCCCAGGGGGGAGGAACUACAGUUGUCGCAAUGAUUGUAGACUUCAAAAGUAAAUUGUGC